CAAAUCGCGAUCCCCGCCCCCGUUCCAAUGCACCCAAAAAAGCAGCCUGGGUAGCGGCACAUGAACGUAACGUAACGAGCGGCUUGGGCUUUGGGGUCCUCCGAAGUCAAAAGCGCCAGGGGGAGAGAACCGGGAAGCAUCGCCAUCCGUCGAUCCUCCUCCCGAUCUGGCAACCGAAGUGAGGGAGUGAACGCGAACGACGCGGCUUCCUUCCUCCGCUUCUGUUCCAUCUCCCUCGCCGAAUCAAGGUUCUCUGCCGGCUCUCGGAUUCGAUCCCGCUCGCUCGCUCGCUCGCUCGCUCAUCGAAUGCUCCACCUGAUCGAGAAAUCUUUUUCUUGAUCGGGAACGCAAGGCGCGCAGUUCGUUAACGAGAGAGAGAGAGCACGCGUGCUGCAGUGAGCCGCUUGCAUUGGCGGCCAUCGCCGGGUGCUUCGCUCUCGUCCUGCGGCUUCGCUCGCCUUCCGCCGACUCGCAUCGGCGGCUGCUGCUCUCUUGCUCCUCCCGCGCCACCGUCGAAAUGGCGAGGUAUCCGCCUCAUUCGAGAACGGAAGGAGCCUCCUCCUCUUAAAGAUUGCUUGCUCUGAUUUCAGGUAGGGAUGCAUGCAGUCUUCUUGAAACAUCGAAAAUAGCAGUAAGAUGAGGUAUAUGACCAGAAUCAAAUGGGCUGCACUCGGAGGACUUCUCUUGUCUUGUGUGUCAUUGCUAGUCCAUUUACUUUUGGCCAAGUAUUCAAGUGCGGAUCUAGUGCAGUACAGUGCAAUCACAGGUUUUGUGGAUGAUGUUACCAUAACUGCUGGAUGGCAGGGAGCUGCGCAUAGAAGAUUAUGGGGAACUGUGAAGUCCCUUGAGUCCCUCUAUCCUUAUGCCAAUCCUAGAAGUAAACAUCCUGCUCCUGCUGAGAAGAAUAAUGGUUUCAUCUAUGCCAAAGUUUACGGUGGAUUUGAGAAGAUAAGAACUUCGAUUUGCGAUUUGGUUGCAGUAUCCAGGCUGUUAAAUGCUACCCUUGUAAUUCCGGAGAUCCAAGAAAGUACUCGUGCAAAAGGCAUCAGCUUUAAGUUUCGGAGCUUUUCCUACAUAUACAAUGAAGAUCAGUUCAUAACAGCUCUCAGUAAUGAUAUAGUGAUUGUGAGGAGUCUCCCUCCACAUAUGAAGGAGGCCAUGAAAAAGAAACAGUAUUCCAUCUUUAAGCCCAAAUCUACAUCUUCUCCAAGAUUUUAUGCUAAUGAAGUCUUGCCGAAGUUAAAGAAAGCAAAGGCUGUCGUGUUAGUGCUUACUGAGGGAGGCUGCCUACAGCCUGUCCUCCCUCCAGACCUGGAUGAGUAUCAAAGACUGAGGUGUAGAGUUUCCUUUCAUGCACUUCAGUUUCGUCCUGAAGUUCUGGCACUUGGGCGCCGCAUGGUGGAAAGGUUACGAGCUGCUGGCCAGCCUUACCUUGCAUAUCAUCCUGGCCUUGUCAGAGAUACUUUAGCAUAUCAUGGAUGUGCUGAGUUAUUUCAGGACAUUCACACAGAGCUUGUACAGUAUCGAAGGGCUCAAAUGAUUAAACAGGGGAUGAUCACUGACCAAUUAAAUGUUGAUUCACAUGCUCGUAAAGCGAAUGGCUCAUGUCCUUUGAUGCCUGAGGAGGUAGGACUGCUUCUCCGGGCAAUGGGUUAUCCUCCAAAAACAAGAAUAUAUUUGGCUGGUUCUGAGACAUUUGGUGGACAAAGGGUUUUGAUUCCUCUACGUGCCAUGUAUGCAAAUCUAGCGGAUAGAACAUCUUUGUGUAGCAAGCAAGAAUUGAGUGACCUAGUCGGGCCAGAAACACAGCUUCCUCUGGAUGUGUUCCAGCCACUUUCGGUUAAGAGUGUUGAGGAACUGAAGGAGGAAUGGGAUAAGGCAGGUCCUCGUCCCCGGCCUCUUCCUCCACCUCCUGAUCGGCCUGUUUAUCGUCAUGAAAAGGAAGGCUGGUAUGGUUGGAUUACAGAGAGGGAUACGGAGCCAGACCCUUCACCAAUUGAUUUGAGGAGGCAAGCCCACAGGUUGUUGUGGGCUGCUCUUGAUUAUAUUGUCUCUGUCGAGGCGGAUGCAUUUAUUCCAGGUUUUAAUAAUGACGGAAGUGGUUGGCCAGAUUUUGCGAGCUUGGUCAUGGGACACCGACUCUACGAAAUGGCAUCUGCCAGAACAUAUCGACCCGACAGAAAAUAUCUGGUCAAACUCUUUGCCAAUGUGUCCGAUAAUGUUUACCACCCGAAGCAUAACUGGACUCUCCAAGUGAGAGAGCAUCUCAAUGCAAGCCUUGGGGAGGUGGGCCUGCUGAGGGAAUCCCGCUUGUCUAAGAGAGCAUCUUUUCUCUCAUACCCGAUCCCUGAGUGCUCAUGUCGGAAUUUUAGAGCAUCAGAGACAUCAGACGUGGGAAAGGGCAGCGGGGCGAGGCAAUUUUUGUACAGUGGUGAAGUUGAAUGCCCCAAGUGGAUGCAGCACAGUGCCGUGGCUAAUAGGCUGGAGAACAGUGGCAAUGAGAACGAAUCUCAAGAGGACGAAAUGGAAAUGGAAAGUCAGUUAGAUUCUGAUGAGGACGGUGGUAUGACCGAGUCGUCUCUGACCCUAGAGCAAGAUGAGGAAAUGGAUCCCAAUGAUUAGGAUACAUGUACAGGUUACGGUUCAUUUUUUUCUUUUAACAUCGGUUACGUUACACAUUUUUUUUGCCUUUACCACAAUCCUCCUACGAUAUAGAAAAUUCUUUUUAGGAGAGGGCGAUUUCACGGGAGCGACGAGUUUUUGUAUACCCUGGAAGAGCCAUUCUUUUGUUUACAUCAAAUGAUUCUGCAUUUUUGAAUACCAUAACCAUCUUCGUAUGUACUGUAAAAAUAGUCUCUCUCUCUCUC